AUGUACGAAGAUCAAGAGGAUAACGAUAGUCCAAGUUGGUUGGAUGCUCUUCCCUUCCAUCCUAUUUUUCACACUGAGACGUGCGCGCAGCUAAACGAGAAAUUUCAAGCGUUGAAGCUAUACGGAAAUCCACAAGGAAAACGAUCAAAAAUUACAACUUCAAUUAACGAAAACCUCAUUGUGGCGGUUGAUUCGGAAUUACGGAUUCUAAAUCUAAUGGAAUUUAAAUUUGCGUGGCGUCAAGCAUAUGAUCGCGGUGAAUUAACCUUAAAUGGCGUCGGCGAAGGUGAGACCAUACCAGAAUGGAUGGAGGAGGUGAAAUAUAUUACGCUCGAUACGCCAUCCAUAAAGUUUCAGAUUCAGUCAGUUGUCGUAAAUUUCAAGGAGAGAGGCUCGUUAAUCGCCGUAAUUGGUGAUUACGAGUUGGCUGUGAUUGUUCUACCGAAAUCCAUUUACCCUACUCCGACAACUAAUUCGUCCUUACCUCAUUUACAGAGCUUACAGUGUUGGCCAAUUUUAUCACGUUAUUGGUGCAAGUCCAAUAGCCAAAGUGUUAUGGCACCCUAUGAGCGAGACCGGAUCUCAUCUGAUGGUCUUGACCGAAGACAUGAUACUCAGGCUUUCGAUUUAUCUUUCAGAAUGUACAAUGUUCUUGAUAGCGUGAGUGAGCCCGAACAACGAUAUUCGUUCUCUCCAAAUCCAACGAAAAAUCACAAUGUCUCAUUUAGCGUCGAGGACACCAGAGCAGUGUCAUUCUGCUUCGGCCAGGGUUACGAAGGUUGGGGCGGAUUCGUCGUCUAUGUGUUGACAGAUGGUGGCGAUGUUUAUUCCAUGUGUCCUAUCGUGCCUAAAAAAUGCUUUUGUCAUAAAUUUUUUUUGGAUCAACUGGCGUGUCUCGUAACAAAAAAAUAUUCUGAAACUGAAAUAUUGGUGAAUCGGCAAGGCUAUGAAAACUGCGAAAUUUUACUGGAGCAAUAUCGACAGCAAGUCAAUUGGGUGUCAGCUGUUUAUAAACAGAUCAAUGGUAUAAAUUCGGACAGGGUUAUCUUCAAUCCACCUUCUAUCGGACGAAGAUAUCCAAAGUUACAGGGACCUUAUUUAAUACAACCUCAACCGGUGGAAUUGUCAUCGCACGCGACUGACGCUAGUGAUAUCAUCUUUUUGCCGACCGAGCCAGUUAGCGUAAUCGCGAUAGCGUACAAUAAUGGACGCAUCGAUGUUUGUCUUGAGGUUGAUAAAGUGGAAGCAUUGUGGGAGGAUUCCAUAGAAGUCGAUCACCCGACUUUGAUACUCUACGAAUGUAUCGAUCUCGGAUUCGUAAAGGAUUUCGUUGCCCCGACGUCGUGGCGCGGUCAGAAAAUAACAAAUUCCAUCAACCAUCCGACCCUGGUGUCUGAUCCUUUUUAUCCCGACGUCUUUUACGUAUAUCACUUUGCGGGCGCACAUGGUAUCGUACUCAAAGGUUGGCUAGAUGAACUGGGCGAGGCGAUUAGCGAAGACUCUGAAAAAACGACGAUAGAAGAAUUUUUGGGAAAGAACCGGAAGUCAGAUGUUAAUUGGAUAGCCGGUACAUUUCCAAGUGAUCCCGAUCCUCUUGUCGGCAUAUCGAUAAUAAAUGACGUUCAACUGUCAUAUGCAAUUCUGAUGAUUUCUUCAACACUCCAGCUGAUUCACCACGAAUUAACAAUCAGGAAACCGUUGAUGUCAGUCGACAGGGUCAGGUUAAAUGAAGAUUAUUACAACGAAGGCUCGAGGCCCAAUCUUCUGUCGAUAAUUAAAUUUCCGGAUGUCUUGGAGAGGUAUCGAAAUUACCAAGGCCUUACACACCAACCAAAGCUUUUGUCAUCACGGAAUAAAACAAGAUCAACAACAAUGGGCGAUGAGAUUGAUUAUGAAUUCAUCUUUUCGUUGAUGGGGGCAAUACAGCAGGAGGUACACGACAUCAAGGAAGCCGAAAACGCCCUAUCUAAGAGGUUUGAAAUUCAGUCGACGGAAUUCCGGCGUCAGGUCAAAGAAGUUAGCGACGCACGAAAAUAUAUGGACGAACACCUGAAUAAUAAGCAUCCGGAAAUUUCCGACCGUCUGCAAAGACUGAGAGACACUCAAAUUGCCCUCGAAAGCAAAGCUAACACCAUCAUUCAGAGAUUGAUGUAUCAGGAUGAUCCCAUACUUGGAGAGUUCGAGACUUCUUAUUAUCAAUCCCUGGAGAACAUCAAUCAAGCCAUCAAGGGCGAAAAUGGGUUGAGGGUCAAAAUAAAGCAGUUGCAAACGCGCCACCUGACCCUCAAGCAAGACUACAGACUUGUCUCUCCUCAACGUUCUUUAAAUAAAUCGAAGCAAUUUGUCGUCCUUAGCGGAAGUCAAUUGAGCAAAGUGGAAGAUGCUCUGAGCAAAGAAAUGGAAUUGAUCGAUGAUACGACGCGUAAAAUCGAAAAGGCACAAGAGAAACUGAAAAAACUCCAAUUGAAAAAUUCCAAGAAGGCAGCCUUAGACUUAAAAGUUAAUCGACGACCCCCUGAUGGAGACCCUAAAAAGAGAUAUAUUUCGACUGAUUUGCGUACCGCAAAACCAGCGUAUUCGCCGUUAUUAGAGGCCAAAGUAGUAAUUUUAGGAAGUCAAGGUGUCGGUAAGACUUCUCUGGCGGUGCGCUAUGUUCAAAAGACAUUCUCGCCUAACUGCUCAUCAACGAUUGGUGCUUCUUUCAUGACAAAAAAGCUUGUUGUGGACAACUGUAAAGUAAGACUUCAGAUAUGGGAUACGGCAGGUCAAGAACGAUUUCGAACGAUGGCACCCAUGUACUACAGAGGGGCCAAUGCUGCGAUUUUGGUAUAUGACAUCACGUCCGACGAAAGUUUCCGGGAUAUGAAUUCCUGGGUCGAAGAAUUACGCAAAAACAUGACGGAGGAUCUGAUAAUACAUGUGGUGGGAAAUAAACUUGAUCUGGCGCCCAGCCAUCGAGUUGUACCAUUCACAAGGACGCAAGAAUAUGUUUCGCGGAUUUUGGGAACUGAUUGUGCGGUACACGAAGUCUCAGCCAAAGAUGAUAACGGUGUCGAGGAGCUGUUUCUUCAGAUCACGCGUAGCCUUGUUGAGCGCAAAAAUAUGUAUGAAAUGCAAAGUCGACAGAUCUCUAAUAACCGAAAAUACAUUGAGAACGAAGCAGCACCCAGUUCAGGAUGUUGCACUUCGUGA